AUGAAUACUCUUUUGAAAAUAAUUACACUAAUUAGAAUUUUUAUUCCACUAGUUGAAGGAUUAUCAACAGAUGGUACUGUAAAUCUGGAAAAUAUUCCAGAAUAUUCUGAACUUGUUAAAUAUUACAGAGGUCAAAAUAUUUCAAACGACCCUUUGUUGCCUUCGAAGCAAAAAAUUGUUGCACCUUUGCCAAAUUUUAGUAAUUUUGAUAAUUUACCAUCACUUUGCAAGGAAAGUCCAAAAGACAAUAAUUUUUAUGGACAUGUAUUUUGCUGGGGAAUGAUAUGUUUGUAUGCUAUGUUAUUGGCUAGUCUAAUUAUUUAUCAACUUCGAUCAGUUCUUUGGUUCAGAUUCAACUUUAAUAACAAUAAUGUACGCAAGUCAGAUUACAAAAAUUCUGAGGACAAAUCACCAAACAUCACAAAUCUUCCUAGGAUGUUUUCCUUGUAA